UAUGACAAUAACAGUACUGGCACAGUGAUCAUCCUAAAAGUCUUUCAUAUUCACGUUCUGGUUCGUCCGACAGAUGAGUGUUGUCUGUCGCGUAGUGUGAGGGCAGGUAACUAUGGGAAAGGGUUGUAAGGUUGUGGUUUGUGGUAUGGCAGCUGUGGGGAAAACAGCCAUACUGGAGCAGUUGCUGUACGGCAAUCACACUGUAGGUGCAGAAAACAGUGACACUCAGGAGGAUAUAUACGUGGCAUCUGUCGAGACGGAUCGCGGCGUGAGGGAGCAGUUGCGCCUUUAUGACACAAGAGGACUUGGUGAUGGUCUGGAAUUCCCCAAACACUUCUUUUCUGUGGCUGACGGUUUUGUGCUGGUCUACAGUGUGGACAGUCUGGAGUCUUUCAAGAAAGUCGAGCUCUUGAAGAAGGAGAUAGACAAGUCCAGAGACAAAAAAGAUGUGAUAGUGAUUGUGUUGGGAAAUAAGUGCGACCUGCGGGAGUGUCGUCAAGUGGAUCAGGAGGCGGCGCAGCAGUGGGCACGUGGGGAGAAGGUCAAACUGUGGGAGGUGAGCGUGAUGGACAGAAGCUCUUUAAUCGAACCCUUUACCAGCCUCACAAGUCGCCUGACGCAGCCGCAGAGCAAGUCUGCCUUCCCCCUGCCCGGACGCAAGAGCAAGGGCACCCCCUCCAAUGACAUCUGAACAGGCCACGCUACAACCAUUUCAGCGCUCUGUGUUUUUCUUUAGAGGACGUUUAGGGCCUCUUGAGGAAGAGGUUAGUUAGGAGGAACUCUAUUCUCAAUAAUGCACUUAUAACCAUAAUAAAAACACAAAAUAUAUACAGUGUCCUCACUGAGUGGGUUAGAUUACAGUAUUGCUGUGUUAGUUGGCUUGGCUUACUAUACUAAGUGUAAUAAAGUAAAAGGUUGGGCAUCUUAAAUGCAAACUUAAUUGUCUUGAUAAUAAUGUCAGAAUGCAAAAAAAUCUUAGAAGUCCUUAAUAAAGACUUCUUUUUUAACUGUUAUUAUUAUUAUUCAGAUUUUGGGAUGCAAUAUGUCCUGGACAUGGUCUUGACAGGUUUCAUGAGAUUGACGUUGUCGAUUUUAUACAAAAAUGGUACUGUAUUAAAAUUAACUCUAAUCAAUAUUGCUUUCAUACUUCCAUAACACUACAAUACUUCAGCUUUAUACAGGCAAGGGUUGCCAUGACGUGCUUUUAAGGUUUCAGUGCAAACAAGGAUGGCAAAGUAUUAUGUUGUGUGUGAUAUUGUCUUCCAGCAUUAUUUCCAAGAUUAAUCGUAGAUCUGUUUUGUGUAUUUCAGCCCAAACCCACAUAUCUAAUGAUUGUGUAACCGAUGAGAUAUAGUGCUGUUGUUUGUUUAGGCUAUUGUUUUAAAUGGCUUAAUUUAAGUCUAAUUCUCCAUGUAAGUAGUAGGACACACUACAGCAGUUAUCAAGACAAGAAUGCAAUGUCUGGCUUGCUAGCAGAUGUGUUCUUAUUUAAAUAAAAUACUUUGAGGCAAACACAGUUUGUGUCUUAUGCACUAUAUGAUAAACCAAAUAAAUGUUUAUUA